AUGGAUACGUCGAAUACUUGCGGUAGCAACCGCCACUUCCUUGAUCGUCUUCGUGAAAUUCAUUGGCGAAACAUCGCCUUUGCUAAUGAUGCCUCAUCACGAGCUUUAAUGCUGUCUGGCCUAUUCACUUUGGUUGCUGUUGCAUGCGGUCUUGUGUUCCUUGCGUGGGUUCUACAAGACCUACUUUUCGCCGGAGUCGGUCUGGCUACCGAUGUCGUCAAGUGGCCAUUCCAUCAAGCCUUGCGGCGCAGCCCACGAUACUUCGGUGAUUCAGGCUAUACUGCGGUCAACACCAACACCGAUAAUGACGACGACAUCGAAUACCUGGGGAAGCGAAGACCCAACAAUACCAUUAUUUCCAAAUCGAUGCUUCUAACUCGACGAUACCGGCCGUUACUUCGAGCCGCUCUGUACUUUUCAGUAACAUGCAUACUACUUUCCCAGGUUGUUUUGAUAGCUAUCCGACCGCAUGAGAGUUCCCUUAUAUUCCUGUCAUGGACAUCUGCAUUACUACCGUUUAUUGACUUUUCUUCAUCCUCACCAAACUUGGACAAGCUGAAGCCUUUCUUCGGUAACUCGGUCGAACACAAUUGGGACAAUCGAACUGCUGUUGCCCAUAUCAACCCUGCUUCGUUGCCAUGGCUCUCGCGCGAGACGGAUUUGCCGGGAUUUAGCGACUGGUAUAACGCAAACAAGCAUUACAAUGCCUCACUGGAUCCGUUAAAGAUCUCAAAUUUGGACUCCGAGCUGCUUCCUGGACUGCAAAACACGCUAAAAGACAUCGAAGUGCGAAACGUACUCAUGAUAUUUCUUGAGAGCACAAGAAAGGAUGUUUUCCCCAUCAAAAAGCACGGAUUAGUAUGGGACAAAUUAGCCAAUACAUUCGCGAAUGGACAACUGCCCGCCGACGCCGAAAAGCUAUUGGAAUCUCUAACACCAAACGCUAAUUUUAUUACCGGCGACUACAACGAUGGGUUGACACACCCAGCGAAGCCCGAGCGUCGCGGCGGCAUCAACUUCAACAACGCAUAUACCACAGCAACCUAUACUCUGAAGAGCUUAACUGGAACUCUCUGUGGUAUAUCCCCGUUGGUCGCCGAUUUUAACCUCGAAUACAACCACCACAUCUACCAACCGUGUCUUGCGCAAAUUUUCGAUGCUUUGAAUCAUGCAAAUGCGAGCACUGGUAAAGAAUUCACAAGUUAUCCUUGGCAAUCCAGCUUUAUGCAGUCAGUGACAUUGGAUUUCGAUAAAUUUGAUCAGCUGAUGCUUGCUCUUGGGUAUAAAUCAGAAAACCUAAUUGACAAGGAGUACCUGAAAAGCAGCGCGGCCAAGUUUGGAAAGGUUGACUUACCUGACGUCAACUAUUUCGGCAUGGUCGAGGCUCCGUUAGAGGACUAUAUACGGGACUCGUUUUCCUCGGCCAGAAAGAACAACGAGCGAGUUUUCCUGUCCCACAUCACCAGUACAAGUCAUCACCCAUUUGGCAUGCCGGUAGAGGAGACAUAUGUACCAGUUGCAAAUGGCCACGGUUUUGAGGACCUUUCUCACUACAUUAACGCCAUUGGAUAUGAUGAUCGGUGGCUACGAAAGAUUCUUGACAUACUAGAAGAGGAAGGCGCUGCCAAUAACACGCUCGUCGUACUUGUGGGUGACCACGGCUUAUCAAUGCCCGAAAAUGACAUGGUUUCGGCAUACUAUAAUCCAAACGUCGGCAAUCUACACGUUCCACUUGUUUUUUCUCAUCCACAACUCCCAGCCAUUGAGGUCAAUGAUGCGGUUGUGGCUUCCCAAAUCCUCCCCACCGUUUUGGAUAUUCUGCUAGAGACGAAUUCUCUAAACACAGACCACAAAACGGCAGUAAGAGAGUUACUCUCCAACUACGAGGGCCAAUCGCUAGUUCGCAAACAAGUCUCUACGUCUGCUACUGGGCAGGGAAAUUGGCAAUUUACAAUUGUAAACCCGGGCAGAGCCAUGCUAAGCGUACGGGACGCCCGACAACCAGCCUUGCGGCUUAUUGUUCCCAUUAUCGAUAAUAUAGAAUGGCGAUUUACGAAUAUCACGGCCGAUCCAAAAGAGGAGCAACCAGUCUUGGGAUUUGAUUUUGCGUCGUUCUUGCAACAAAUAGAGAAAUCGCAUGGAAGGCAGACAGCGGAGUGGGCUGAGGAGGCCGCCUUUGUGUCUCGUUGGUGGGUAGAAGAAAAUAGCAGGAGGUGGAGGUAUGGUCCAUACUCGGAAUAA